AUGAAUAAGCCGGCCAACAACUUAACGUUACCGGCCAGCAAAAGAGGAAGAAGUAACAAAGUUAUAUUUGCGUGCGAUAAAGGUGGAAAAUAUAAGGAUAAAAGUGAGACUCAAAGUGCUACUAAGAGAUGUGGAUGUCCAUUCAAAAUCAGAUCGACUCCGGCAAAAGAUGAGUCUGGAUGGAAGGUUGAUGUAAAAUGUGGAGUUCAUAAUCAUGGUUUACCAGAUAGAUUAGAAGGCCAUUCAUUUGUUGAGCGAGAUCCUGAGAACGUCACUCGGAUCACGCAAAUAUACAAGCAUAAAAGUGUGAUUGAAGCGGAGAUAAGAGGUCCAAGAAGUGAGAUACAACAUUUGCUUAAGCUUAUAGAGGAGGCGAACUAUGUUUAUUGGAGUAGGAAACGGGAUGAUUGUGAAGUUGUGAGAGAUAUUUUUUGGGCUCAUCCAGAUUCGGUAAAGUUGCUGAAUCUUUUUCCUACUGUCUUGAUUAUGGACGCCACUUAUAAGACCAACAAAUAUAGACAACCUCUGUUUGAAAUAGUUGGUAUGACAUCGACCGAGUUGACAUUUGCGGUUGCAUUUGCUUAUAUGGAGUGUGAGCAGACAGAGAGUUAUAUUUGGGUCUUGGAUAAGCUGAAGCAAUUGUUUGUGAAGAAAGAUGUGGUUCCACAAGUGAUUUUGACGGAUAGAGAUCUUGCUUUAAUGAAAGCAGUUGAAGUUGUUUUUCCUACGACGCAUAACUUGCUAUGUCGUUUUCAUAUUAACAAAAAUGUUGGGAUGAAAUGCAAGGAAUAUGUGAUGAAAGACAUGCAAGAGACGAUAGGCACAUUGUGGAAAGAUGUUGUAUGGGCUAGUAAUGAGGUUGAGUAUGGUGUACGGUUGCAGUAUCUUGAACAAGCAUGCUUUGCUUGUACUGACUUCCUCGAUUACGUGAAGAACACUUGGUUGAUCCCACAUAGGCAAAGAUUUGUAGGCGCAUGGAUUAAUCUAGUGCUUCAUUUUGGUAACACCACGACAAAUCGGGUUGAAUCUGCACAUUGGAAGCUAAAGCAGAUGAUAGGAAACAGCCUUGGUGACAUGGUCAAAGUUUGGGAAGCUAUGAAUUCUAACCUAAAAAUCCAAAUAGGUAACAUUCGAGCUUCGUUUCAAAAAAGUUUUUAUGAGGUUGAGCACGCACACAUUAGUCCAUUUUAUGAUAAUUUGCGUGGUUCAGUAUCGAGAGCUGCUUUGAGACGCAUUGCAGAAGAGUUAUCGAGGCUUGAUUAUGUGUUAAAUAGUAGGGAAAAAUGUGGUUGUACUAUGAGAACAAGUUAUGGGCUACCUUGUGCUUGUGAGAUGGGAAGAUCGAUUGUUGUUGGAAUCCCAUUACAAAUAGAAAAUUUUCAUCUUCAAUGGAGGAUACUAUCUAUGGAAGGUGACUUGCCUUUAGAUGAGGAAGCUGAUUCGGAGGUGGAUAUGAGUAAUGCAAUUGAUGAAUUGUGGAGAAGGUUUAAAUCACUAGAUGUUGUUGGAAAAAGAGCAUUGAAAAGUAGGGUUUGUGAAAUUGCAUAUCCCACAACAACUUCAUUGUGUCCACCACCUGAGAAAAUAAAAUUAUUGGUUUUCAAAAUUAUUGAUGAAGUAUCGGAAAUUUAG